AUGCAAUUCGGGCUAAAAAAAUGUAAUAUUCUACAUCUAGUCGCGGGUAGGAGAAAAGAACAUCGCGGUCGAGGGCACGUUCUGCUGAGCGGAGACAAGUUCAGGCACCUGAGAUUAGAUGAGAAGUACAAAUACCUAGGGAUAGAUGAGGCAGGCAAAAUCGACCACAAUGAAGUCAGGCAACAAAUACAAAAAGAAUAUUUCCGUCGCGUCAAAUCCGUCACAGGAUCGCAACUUAAUGCACGAAAUAUCUUGCGAGCCUUAAAUAUAUACGCUGUACCGGUUCUUUUGUAUACAUUUGGCAUAAUAAAUUACAAAACCGCGGACCUCAAGAAGAUUGAUGUAAAGACCAGAAAGAUUUUAGCAAUGAAUAAAGCACACCAACAGAAAGCAGAUGUAGAUAGGUUAUAUAUACCGAUCGAUCAAGGUGGAAGAGGGCUAACAAAUCUAGAAACACUAUACAAAACACAAAUAAUCAAAUACAAAUCAUACAUAGAAACUGAAAAAGAUCAUAUACUUAGAGCAAUAGUGGAACAUGAUAAAAAUAAAAGUAAAUAUUCAAUAUUUAAAGAAACACGAUCAAAUCUAAAUGAAAUAGGAUUACAGCAAAAUGAAAAAUAUACAGACAAAGAAUUAAAAAAUGCAGUAGUUAAGACAAAAAUAGAGAUAAUAAAAGCGAAACCGCUCCACGGUCAAUUUUACAAAGCAGUACUAGAAAAAGAAAAUAUCGACAGAGCCCAAUCCUUCCAAUGGUUCAAAAGGCAACCGGUGUCUCCAGCAUUGGAAUCAGCCAUAUUUGCAAUUCAAGAUCAGGCAGUGGUGACCAGACAACAUGAAAGAGACAUAAUGAAACGCCAAGUUGAUGGUAGGUGUCGGUUAUGCUGCAUUAAAGAUGAGACCACACAGCACAUUGUCUCAGGAUGCGAAAAGCUUGCUGGCACUUAUUACACCAAAAGGCACAAUAACAUAGUGCAAUAUGUUUUCUGGUCGCUAGCUAAAAAGCAUACGUUUCAGGUCUCCGACCUGUGGUGGCGAGAACACCUUACGCAGCCGCAGGUUAGGGAGAAUGAAGGUGCAAAAAUAAUGUGGGAGAUAGCGGUUCAAACCGACGUUACAAUAGUUCACAAUAGACCAGACAUUAUUUAUAUAAACAAAACGGACAACAAAACAUACCUCAUAGAUGUAACAGUUCCCUCAGACUACAAUAUAGGAGCAAAAGAAAUAGAAAAGCUAAGUAAAUACCAUGCACUCAAAACCGAAAUAACCAGAUUAUGGAAAACACACACAGAAAUAGUACCAAUAGUAAUAGGAGCAACCGGAGUAAUAGCCAAAAGCCUACAGAAAUACUUAGAUAAAUUAGAUGCAAACAUCAACCCACACAUCAUGCAGAAACAAGCUGCCAUACACACGGUCACCAUCAUCACGAAAGUCCUGGGGGAUACGGUCUUCGUAGGAGGGGAAACUGAGCCACCCUUUCCCUGA